AUGGAAGAUCAAUUCGAAUUAUUGUUUGAGAAAAUGAAACUAGAAAUGCAGAAACAGACAGCAGAACUGAAAGAUUCUAUAACUAAUUCAAUCAUGGAGAAAAUAGAGGAAAAGAUAAAGCCUAUUAUAGCGGAAAAUAAGGAUUUAAAGGAAAAAAUAAUAACCUUCAAGAAAGAGAUAGAAUAUUUGAAAAGAGAUAGGAAGGAAAACAACAUUAUUAUUUUUGGACUACAAGAGAAAGAAGGAUCUACGCCAGAAUUAAUAAACGUGGUGAAGAACAUAUUCUUUAAAGACUUAAAUAUAAAUAUUGGGGAGUUCGAAAUAAAUAAAAUUUUUCGCAUUGGAAGGAAAAGUCCAGGAGGAAAACCUAGACCUGUUUUGCUUUCCUUUGUCAAUUCAUGGAAGAAAAAUGAGAUUAUGAAAGUUCGGAAAAAUCUGAAAGAUAUAUAUAUUACAGAAGAUUAUUCUAAAGAAGUAUUAGAGAGGAGAAAGAUUUUACAAAAUAAAUUGAAAGAGGAAAGGAUGAAAGGGAAUUUCGCAUAUCUCAGCUACGACAAGCUUGUAGUAAAAGAAAAUAAUACAAAUAUCGAAAAAAGAAAAAGAGGAAAAUCGUCUUCACCGCAAGAUAACACACAAACUAAAAAACAGCAAGUGUGGACACCAUCACAUACAAAUAGGCGCAACGCCUUUGAUGUCAUGAGAGGUAGAUCUAAUUCUCUCUCACUCUCGUCCCCCAAGGCGGAUAAUAGGCAAUAA